AUGCAGGAAAGAACUUCUAUGAUGAUGGUCAGCGUUCCUAUCGAAGCACAUUGGUUAAUUGGCACUAUUGAACAUUACCAUGCUGUACUAUAUCGCUCGUAUGAGAUUAUUUCGGAAGAAGUGCCAGAGCUAGCACCCGAAUUAGCGCUUCAAAUGGCUGUUAAAGCUGUUAAUGAUACCACAGGCCCAGAUGGUUACGUGCCUACACUUCUUAUAUUUAGAGCGUACCCUCGGAUGAUGGAAUACAGUCCUCCUACACCUAUGGUUGCUCAACGUGCUGCUACAGUCAAGAAAGCAAUGACUGAAGUACAAAGGCUUCAUACUGUACACUAG